AUGCCGCGCAGAGUUGGUAGCAAUGUGCCUCGGCAGGGAAAGGGACCUACUAUCCAUCUUCGGCCAUACAAGUGACUAGGAGGUGGAAGAUGUGCUGUACAUUGAGUGUCUGCAAAUGGUGCACGCAGGCCUGUUCUCCGUCGAAGCUGGGACUCCAAGAGUCGGAAGUGGGAACUGGCACAUUCUCAAGCCCGCUAUUUCAUCCUACUGGUGUUAAUUUCCGCAGAGGAUGGCUUUACCACCUUUUCGAGUUCUCUGCCGGACAUCUCUGAUCUCACUAUCUUGAUCGAUAGGAGAAAGACUUUGAUCCACGGACGGAAGGCUGUCGUGGAGUACUUGACGAAGCUGCACAUUUACAAGAGCAUUUCCGACGUCCGUGCUGGCAGUGAGCUGUAUAAUCGCACGACCAAGGUUACCAAUCAGUUUGAGGGUUACAGGGAGGUAGUCAUGAGGUUGAAGCAGCCGAGGACAGUUUUUGUACAGGCAAAUACUGUAUUGUCUAGCGUGGGUAGCGUCGAGUUAAGGGAGUAUGAGGAUUUGGUGGAAGGGAUGAAGAGCUAUGCUGAGAGGGGGGUUUGA